AUGCCUGCCCCUCUGAGCUGGACUCGAUUCUCACCACUCCCGCCAGCCGCCCCAAUCAUUCUUACGUCUACUGUUGUCUCUUCCUCACAGCAUUCGAAACGAGACGACGGGGAGCAAAGUUUCGGAGAACUAUACCACAACUACUUUGUCUUUGUCGCCGUCGUUAUUGCCAUUGCCCUUGUCGGAGGCUGCUUCUUCUACCGUCGUAAGAAGCGCAUGGUUCACCAAGCCAAUGUCUCACGUCAGAUUGCUUUGAGCCGCGAUAUUGAAGACCAACGCCUACGCGCUAACAGAGGUUGGGGUUGGGGAGCUUUAUCACGCGACUAUUCGAGUGGUCCGACUCCUCAUGGUCAGCCGCAUGGUACACGAGGAGCAAUGAGCCUGCCUUCCUGGGGUCGCAGAAGAGAAGAGGAGGGUCUGAACGAUGCAGGCGAGGCUCCCCCUGCCUACAAAUCUGCUCCGGACCACAACGAUACUGUACUCGAGACUGCUCGCCCAGCCUCUCCAUCCAGUCUCAUUACUCCGGCUGCGCCUCGUCCAGCUUUGGCCAGAGAACAUACUGGACUGAAGCCUCCAGACUAUACCGAGGCUGUUGUCUCUCCCGUUGCUCCAGGCAGAGGUUCAUCGAGUCUGACUGUGCCGACUUCUACUGCCACAACCACACAAACCGACCUAGGAUCUGAUGGCCUCCCAACAUAUAACGACACGCAUGAACGCAGAUAG